AUGUUCCCGAGUUCUGUUCAAAGAUAUACCUAUGCAUCGGAUGUGCAUUGUGGAACCUUCCCAUAUCCAGUGGCUAGUGACAGAAAAUUUGGCGCGGUGGAAUGUAAUUACCAGAACAGUGCCAGGACAGGAAUACUGCUGGGUAGUGACAAACCCAUGAUAGGUCCAGCACCGCCCCUGUUCUCAAGCGAGAAUGAUUGGUCUACAACAGUUGAUUACUGGUUGAGCAAUCACCCAUACCGUGCUUACGUCCCUUCAAACCCUGGCAAUAACGUCAACUUCCCCAUGGGUCAUUGGGUCUCGGAUUGGGGUGUUAGCAACCACCGGGAUCAAUUCUAUACAGAGGAGGCAUUGGCUGCAAAGAUUGCAGAAGCCCGAUAUCACAUACUGGAGCAGUACAGGUUCAUAGCGUUUCACAUCAAGAAUCGUCCUGACUGGAUUACACAUCCAAACUUAUCAACUGUCAAGGAUCUAAUAAUCAGCGCCGGUCUCACAGAAUGCACAUAUCGAGGGUGCAUAGUAGAUUUCAAGAAGUUGCAUUUCGAAGAGUUGUGGAUGCUUAUUGAGCAUCAAGUCCCAAUCCACUACCAAUGGUUUCCACUUCAGUCAACCACUUGA